AUGACUGGUCACCUUGAAAACCUUACCGUAACUAUUCCAGACGAAGCCAAAAUGUUUGAUGAAAGACCGUGUGAUUUGCUCUUAGCAAUUUUAAGAUAUCGUGCGAACAAUAAAUGUAGAGAAACAUCUUCAGAGGUACUAUCUUUUGAACAGUUGUUAUUACUGGUUGCUGGAAAAGUCGAUUUACCACUGCUGAAAUUUGCCGUAAAGGAUUUCAUAAAGGACGACUUUAAGCUUAAAAACAUAAAGUGUGGGAGAGACCUGUUAGGUGUAUUACAUAAAAGGGGCUUUAUUCAGCCAGGUGAUAUGACAAUGUUACAUGGUGUAUUAAGUUUCCUUAAGUAUGAGGACUUGUGCAUUAAAAUGGAAGAUCAGUUAACAGCAAGAACAACAGAGUUGACAGACUACAGAAAAAUGCUGAUUGAAUUUGGCAGAACGCUGGAUAAAAAUGACUUAGAGGUGUUAUCGUUUCUAUACAAGCUCAGGACAAACGAACCUUCGAACUGGGAUCUUCUUUGGGAACUCGAAAGUUUAAAAGUACUUGAUAAUAACACUGAAAACAUGGCAGCUUUUAAAUUAAGACUUGAGCGAUGCAACUUGAGCGUGGUACUGACACGUAUAAUUGUUACUGGUAAGUUUACUUCUUUUCUCUACAAAACCGAUUUUCGAUGGAGAGUAAGAAAAAGGGUAGAAGCAGAACUAAAAUGCUCCCAAGAUUUGGAUGUCAUCGAAAGAUGUCUAAAGAAUAGGUAUCAUCAAAUAGAGCUAGACGAUUCAUUCAGGUUCCUGACUGUACUUUCAACGCACGAUGGUCUGUUCCAGUUUAGACGCUUUUACUUUGGGGUCAACAGUGCAGCGGAACAAUUCCAAAAUCUAAUCCAGUCUGUGCUAGCUAGUCUUUUUGGUGUGAUCAACCUAUCAGAUGACAUCCUGGUGUAUGGCAUAAACUCAGUGGAACAUAACGAAAAUCUUAAGAACUUUUGUCAGAGGCUGAGGGAGAAGAACUUGACUCUGAACAAAAGAACAUGCGAAUUCAACAAAGAUACUGUUGAGUUCUUUGGGCAUGUGUAG